GAGGUGAAAUCUAUUUGUAGUGCCUGCACUAUUACUUGUAUAAAGAGGGCAGAAUAUGGACUUACAAAAAUUGAUACCGAUUCUUAUGCUUACUAUCCCCUUCGUGAAAGGACAGGAAGAACUCAAAGAAGUAUGUGGUUGUCAAGAUAAGUGGAUAAGAUACAAUGGGUCUUGCUACUUUAUCAGUGAAAAUGCAUUCUCUUUUGCAGAUGCAGAGACUUUCUGUGAGCAGUCAUAUGCUCAUCUGGUUCAUAUAGACACAGCUGAUGAAAAUUCUUUUUUGAAGACGUAUUUGCUCAGAAUGAAGGAUGCUAAUUACUGGAUAGGUUCACAUGACCGAUUGAUUGAGGGACUAUGGACAUAUGUUGACACAAACCAACCUUUGACCUUCACGGAUUGGUCUCCUGGUCAGCCCGAUUCUUGGCAUGGACAUGACGAAGAUUGCGGGCUCCUGUAUUUCCCUCACAAAUAUAUGUGGGAUGAUGGUCCCUGUGACAAUAAAAUUCACGCAAUCUGUGAACUGAGGUUGCCAGAGGGAAACCUAUUGGAGAUAAUUGGCUGAUCGUUGUAAAUAAAUGUAAAAUUGGAAAAAAGUCAAACUUUCAAAACAUCCAAAUGUUGUUGUAUUAAACCAAGAAAAAGGCCAAUUUAUUAUCUAUUUAAUCAAAGCAAAGCGCUACUCUUUUCACAUCCACAUUCUUACUCUUAUUUCUAUCUUUAUUUUUAUUUUAAUAAUGAAGAAAUUUUAAUAAUGAAGAAAUUUGAAGUUAUUUGUACUUGUGC